GUGUGCAGGUGCAGCGCGUGCCACUGCCGCCUCCUGAGUGCGAUCGGAGUAGGGGGCUGCACAUCCCGCGGGCCGGAGGAAGGAGGUGCUCCUGCCUUUUCUUCCUGCGCCAGCUGCCGCCAUGUUCUCGUGUGUGAAGGCCUAUGAGGACCAGAACUAUUCAGCCCUGAAGCGGGCCUGUCUGCGCAGGAAGGUGCUCUUUGAGGAUCCCCACUUCCCUGCCACAGAUGACUCGCUCUACUACAAGGGCAUUCCGGGCCCCGCCGUCAGGUGGAAACGACCCAAGGACAUCUGCGAGGACCCCCGCCUUUUUGUGGAUGGCAUCAGCUCCCACGACCUGCACCAGGGCCAGGUGGGCAACUGCUGGUUUGUGGCCGCCUGCUCAUCACUGGCCUCCCGGGAAUCGCUGUGGCAAAAGGUCAUCCCAGACUGGAAGGAGCAGGAGUGGGACCCUGAGAAGCCUGACAUCUAUGCCGGCAUCUUCCACUUCCACUUUUGGCGCUUUGGGGAGUGGGUGGACGUGGUCAUUGAUGACCGACUACCCACAGUCAACAACCAGCUCAUCUACUGCCAUUCCAACUCUCGCAACGAGUUCUGGUGCGCCCUGGUGGAGAAGGCCUACGCCAAGCUGGCAGGCUGUUACCAGGCCCUGGAUGGAGGCAACACCGCAGAUGCACUGGUGGAUUUCACAGGAGGCGUUUCUGAGCCCAUCGACCUGACUGAGGGUGACUUUGCCAAUGAUGAGGCCAAGAGGAACCAGCUGUUUGAGCGAGUGUUAAAGGUGCAUAGCCGAGGAGGGCUCAUCAGCGCCUCCAUCAAGGCAGUGACAGCAGCCGACAUGGAGGCUCGCCUGGGGUGCGGCCUGGUGAAGGGCCACGCGUAUGCUGUCACUGAUGUGCGCAAGGUGCGCUUGGGCCACGGCCUGCUGGCCUUCUUCAAGUCGGAGAAGUUGGACAUGAUCCGCCUGCGCAACCCCUGGGGCGAACGGGAGUGGAAUGGGCCCUGGAGUGACACCUCAGAGGAGUGGCAGAAGGUGAGCAAGAGUGAACGGGAAAAGAUGGGUGUGACAGUGCAGGACGAUGGCGAGUUCUGGAUGACCUUUGAAGACAUGUGCCGGUACUUCACUGAUAUCAUCAAGUGCCGUCUCCUCAACACAUCCUACCUGAGCAUCCACAAGACAUGGGAGGAGGCUCGGCUGCGAGGUGCCUGGACACGGCACGAGGACCCGCGGCAGAACCGCAGCGGGGGCUGCAUCAACCACAAGGACACGUUCUUCCAGAACCCACAGUACAUCUUUGAGGUCAAGAAGCCAGAAGAUGAAGUGCUGAUCUGCAUCCAGCAGCGGCCCAAGCGAUCUACCCGCCGGGAGGGCAAAGGCGAGAACCUGGCCAUUGGCUUUGACAUCUACAAGGUUGAAGAGAACCGCCAGUACCGCAUGCACAGCCUGCAGCACAAGGUGGCCAGCUCCAUCUAUAUCAACUCUCGCAGUGUCUUCCUACGCACGGACCAGCCUGAGGGCCGCUACGUCAUCAUCCCCACCACCUUCGAGCCAGGCCACACUGGCGAGUUCCUGCUCCGGGUCUUCACAGAUGUACCCUCCAACUGCCGAGAGCUGCGCCUGGAUGAGCCCCCCCGCACCUGCUGGAGCUCCCUGUGUGGCUACCCCAAGCAGGUGACCCAAGUCCAUGUCCUGGGGGCUGCUGGCCUUAAGGACUCCACAACAGGGCCCAACUCUUAUGUGAUCAUCAAGUGUGAGGGGGAAAAAGUUCACUCGUCUGUACAGAAAGGGACCUCAAUGCCCGAGUACAAUGUGAAAGGCAUCUUCUACCGCAAGAAGCCAGGCCAGCCCAUCACUGUCCAGAUAUGGAAUCACCGAGUCCUGAAAGAUGAGUUCCUGGGCCAGGUGCACCUGAAGGCUGAACCUGAUGACCUCCAGGCCCUGCACACCCUCCACCUCCGAGACCGCAAUAGCCGGCAGCCCAGUGACUUGCCUGGCACCGUUGCUGUGCACAUCGUCAGCAGUGCCUCCCUCACCGCUGUCUGACACCAGCCUGCCUGUCUACCUUGCCCUGGUAAUUCAGACCACCACCUGCAUGUCCACACCAGGCCUGGGACCAGCCCGGGAGCCAGACACUGGGGUCCUUUCUCACUCUCCCCCUGACUUGCUAUGUGACCUUGGAAGACCUCUGCACCCCUCAGAGCCUCAACAUUUGGAGGACCCUUCUUAUGAGGAAGUCUUCCUGCCUGAGAGUUAAAAUAGCCCUCCCCAGCCCAGCUGUCGCCCCUGCUAAGGGACUCUGUCUGUUGAAAAUAUUUCCCCACGGCUCCGCUGUCUGCUGAGGAGUGCCAAGAAGAUGUCACUUGUUUACACACAAACUGCCAUGCCCCUUGUUUCCCAGGCCCACUCCGGUCUCUCAGACCUCGUUUUCUGUGUCACCUACACCUGGUUUCAGGGCCACCUUGAAAGGACUUGCUGGGUACCUGCUAGGUUCCUGCUCAGGCUAGAAUUUGGGAAACAUGAGGGUGAUGUUUCUUCAGUCUCUAAUCCUGUCCUCCCACCCAUCCAUUUCUUCUCUUGGUGAGAUUUGCAAUGAGCGACAUCCGAGAGGCUCCAGGGAGGUGGAGCCCCGCCUCUGCCUUGGGCCUUGCCGCUGCCCUCAGGUCUUCUCAGAGGCGGAUGCCCAGAUGAGCUCCAGCUGCCUUCUUAUCCCGGGUUCCAAGGUCAUCUACAGUUCCUGGUCUGAGGUCCCUGGAGAGAUAGUGACCGUGGGUGAGGAAGGGGCACCUUCCCGCCUCCACUCCCUGAUGUGGAAAGGAAUGUGCCCAGCUAGUGCAUCAGGCCCAGAGUGACCCAGGGCGAAGCAGUGCUCCCCUCUGCUGCAAGGCUCCUAGGAGGACAGACUCUAGUGUGGGCGGUGCCAGUCCUGGGAUCCUGUCGCCCGGUGGGCUUGGCAGGAGAUGGGUAACUCCAUUGCCUGACCAGAGCCCCCUCCACCAACAUUCCCCCAAGGAGCCAAGCGCUCUUCUUGCUGUCUGGACCAAAAUGUUCCUUUUAGUCCUUGCUGUUUUAUAUUCUUUCUAUUUUAGAAAUCUCAAUUUUAACCAGAGGUUUUAAAGGAAACCCUGAACCUACUUUUUCUUCCUAGAACUCUAGUUUUGCUGGUCUGAUUUUAUUUUGAUUUCAGCUGGGGAGGGAUGAGGAUGAAACCAAACCUUGGAGGUGGACUGGAGGAGGUAAAGAUGAAGAUAUUUGUAUCCAGACAUCUGUUGGCUAGUACCGACUGUGUCGCUGGAGAAUUCUUGCCUGCUGGUGCCGUGAUCCACUUGGUGCCUGCCUUGAGCUUCCAGACCAGACACGUCAAACAAAUGAAUAGUGCAUUUGGUUCAAGAGCAGGAAUUCCUUUUAGGAACCUGAACCUUGACUCCACAGAUGGAAGUGUGGGUCAGUGACCUGGCUGGACGUGCUGGAUCCUCUGAUUUUGCCUCCUUACUCCAUGACUGGCUGUACUCCUGUGUCCUGGCCCUGAGCCACAGGAGGGGCCAGGAGCUCAAAGACAAGGAGCAUGAGAGAAUUCCCUCUCACAAGCUGGGGCUUCCCCUCGAGAAUCUGGGACUGGGACUCUGCAUGUGACCAAAAGCAAGUCACUCAAACCUCCUGUGCCUCAAUUUUUCCCUCUGCAAAGUAGGGCCGAUGGUUCCUAUUUGUCAGCACUCUCGCUAGCACGUGCUGAGUAAGGGCAAGGGAACACAGCGUCUCUGGGUAUUUAUCUCUACGCCUACACACUAUACACACAUUCAUGUAAUCACUUUCCAACGUCUAUUCUAAAUUAUGACUCCUGAUUCAGGGCUGAAGAUGUGAGUACUAGGUAAGCCAGCCCAGGCCUCUGGGGCUGACACAUAAGUCUUUUGUUGAGCCAUAUCCCUCUGGGACACGGGCAAAUCAGGACCAGGUGGAAACCAGUGUGGGCUUCAGCCUGGGGGUCCGGUGUGCCUCCCAUUCCAGUACAGCAGCUCUGUGGGUAGGCCAGGCUGGCUCCUGGCUGUGCUGGGAUUUCUGUCCCCAGGAGUCCCUAGGGACUAGGUAGGUGAGGAUACAGGGUGAGUUGAGGAGAGCAAUUAUUUUGUUCACCUUACAACCCAGGAAGCCUGCAGCCCACACCACCCAGACCUGGGCUCCACUUCUCAGGGCCCAACAUGGGGUUAGGAGGAGAAGAAGCCUGUUCUCUUCUCAGAAUAAAUGUUACUGCAGUUCU